AAGGUGUGUGAGCGUGAGCGCUGUACGUGCGUGCACAGAAAGGGGAGAGAGAGGCUAGCAAACAUGGAAUCAAAAUUUUCCUCUCCCCAGUGGCUGUGCAAAGGAAUGAAAGGUCUGCGCCGAGCUGAAGUGGAAGGUUUGCAGGUCACUGUGCCUGAGAAGAAGAAGGUGGCCAUGUUGUUUCAACCCGCUCUGCUUCGCUGCCAUUUCUCUACUUCUUCCACCCAACCAGCUGUGGUACAGUGGAGGUUUAAAUCUUACUGCCAGGACCGGAUGGGAGAAGCUUUGGGUAUGGCGACUUCUGGUUUACAAACGAUGAGCAAGAGGAACCUGGACUGGGAUCCCUACCUGGACUGUGUGGACAGCAGGAGGACGGUCCGUGUCGUGGCCUCCAAACAAGGAUCUGCCAUCACUAUAGGGGACUUCUAUAAGGAAAGAGAUGUCAGCAUUGUCCACGAUGCAGAUCUUCAGAUUGGGAAGUUGAUGUGGGGAGACAGUGGGCUCUAUUACUGCCUUAUUAUCACACCGGAUGAUGUGGAGGGCAACAAUGAAGAAUCAGUGGAGCUGCUUGUGCUUGGCAGGACAGGGCUGCUUGCUGAUCUCUUGCCCAGUUUUGCUGUGGAGAUUAUGCCAGAGUGGGUCUUCGUGGGCCUGGUGAUCCUGGGGGCAUUCCUGUUCUUCCUCCUGGUGGGGAUCUGUUGGUGCCAGUGCUGCCCACACAGCUGCUGCUGUUACGUCCGCUGCCCUUGCUGUCCCGAGUCCUGCUGCUGUCCCCGGGCAUUGUAUAUAGCAGGCAAGGCGGCAAAAGCUGGGUACCCUCCUGCAGUCUCCUCCAUGCCAGGUCCAUACUACAUCCCCAGUGUUCCUGUAGCUGGUGUCCCAUCUCCUGCUGUGCUGAUGGAUAAGUCGCACCCUCCUCCCUUAGCCCCAAGUGACUCUAGUGGAGGAAGCCAAAAUGCAGUGCGCAAGGGGUACAGGAUCCAGGCUGACAAGGAGAGGGACUCCAUGAAGGUGCUGUACUAUGUCGAGAAAGAACUGGCGCAGUUUGACCCAGCUAGGAGGAUGCGAGAACGAUAUAACAACACCAUCUCUGAACUCAGCUCCUUGCAUGAGGAUGACUUGAACUUCCGUCAGCCCUACCGCCAGGCGCGAAGGAAACCUCUGCCUCCUGCGGGGGACCUGGAUGGCGAUGCUGAGUACUGGGCAGGAGUGAUGGGUGGGGGCAGCACGUCAAGAUCACAGGCUGUCUCUGAUUACAGAGAUGAGCGGGACAGUUUCCGGCACAGCCAGCAGAGAUCCAAGUCCGAGAUGUUGUCCCGUAAGAGUUUCUCUGUGGGAGUGCCGGCCGUCUCUAUGGACGAGCUGGCAGCCUUUGCGGAGUCCUACAGCCAGCGGACCCGGCGGGCAGACAGCCAGGAAACUCGGCGUUUCGAGCGGUCGGAGUCGCACGGCGGCCGCCUCGGAGGGCUGCCCCACCAGGAUAGCUCCAUGGAGGAGUACUACACCAAGCGUAGCAGAGGGAACCGAGAACCGCUGACGGACUCAGAUCGGGGCUGGUCAUACAGCCCGCCCCGGAGACGGGCCCACGAGGAAAAGCACCUGCCCAGGCUGGUGAGCCGGACGCCUGGAGGGAGCCAGAAAUACGAUCACUCCUACCUCAGCAGCGUCUUGGAGAGGAAAUCCCGCAGCUACGAUGAGAAUGGUGACCACAGUGAAACCCCCUCAAAGCUGAGCUCGCAGCCCAGCCAGAGAGGAGGGGGAACAUACUAUGCCUGGUCACCACCCUCUACCUACAAAGCCGAGAAGUCGCAGCAGCAGCCGCAGCAGCCGCCGCCGCCUCAGCAGGAGGAAGGGGAGGACACCCUGCCCCCAUACAGCGAGAGGGAGCUGAGCCGAGGCCCUUCGUACCGGGCCAGGGAGCAGGCCUACCUCAACGCCUCUGACAAGAAGAGGAAAAAGGACCCCAAGAAAACAAAUGAUUUCCCAACGAGGAUGUCCCUUGUGGUUUGAAGUUGUUGUGGACAUGUCAUGUUGAUGGGCUGGAUACUGUGAGGGGACUGGUGGAAAAGAUGCAGAGCAACAAGCAAGACACCUCUGUGAACCUUCACAGCUCCCAGCCAUGGACUCUUUGUUUCAAUUGUUUGUUUCAUCGGGGGAGCAGAGGCUUUUGUAAGAGACAGACUCCCAUGAGCAGCACUCCAUCUCAGAGGCUUUGGGAGUCUGCCAGGAAAAUGAGGCCAGGGCUCUCUUUGGCACCCUGCUUUCCAGUGCCUUCCAUUCUGCGCUGGAAGGCAGCCACGUCCCUACUGUCCCCACAGCCCAGAACUAUAAGUGAGGUGCCUUUGUGCCUCGUGCCCUGUCUGAUGUGCAGAGAAAGGCCCAUGUUGCGUACCUUUGCGCUCUCUGUCUCCUCAGUUCUCUGUUUGGAUUAAAUAUUGUCUCCUUAGAGCCUUUUCUGGAUCAUCCCUGUGCUGGGAGGAGGCCUGGUUCUUACAGUUGCAGACUGCCUCCAGCUGAUCAGGCCCUAAAUCCUGAAAGAAAAUCUACAUCCUUUCAGACACUAUAGAAAAGGACUGACGAGGUGUUACUUUCGCAAGGGCUGAGUAGAGAGAGAGACACAGUUAUGGGCUGGUUUGUUCAAUAUAUUUAGUUUUGUUCAAUGUGUGAUGAGAGUUGCAGGUGAGAUUGAUGUAUUGUUUUGAAAGUGGAUCAAAGUAGCUUUUAUUGUGAUGAGAGCAUGAUGUAUUUUUCCCCCAUCCCCAACUGUGAUUUGUUUUGAUACAGUUGCAUUUUCUUGCAGCUGAGCUGUGACCUUGUAGAGCUUCAAGCUAGAAUAUCUACUCCACCAUAUCAUAAGCAGCGCUCUAGCCUUGCUGGCGCUCUGCUUCCAGCACCACCAGACAUCUCUGCCUAGCAAGCGGCCUUUCUGUUUUAAAGAUGCAAAAAAGGGGAAAGUGUGAGAGGGCAGCUGCAGAAUCUUCACUCUGUGCUACUGGUAACAUACCUUUGUUACGUCAUUGUUUCCAGACGUGAAGAGAGCAGUCACAGCAAUGGAAAAAGGGUUAACACUGUGGAUGAACACAAGCUUCGGAAGUCAUGUUUUUUACUUACAGCCAUUUCAUUCACUUCAAUUGUGACAUGGUUUUAGUGGGCUGUUGUCUCAGGAACAACUGAAUUUAGAAGUGAGUACUUCACACUGUCUGGAAGCCUGACGUUUUGGUUUUCAAAGGGCAUAAUGCAGUCAUUUCUUUAAUUUUUAGCUCCUAAAAUAAUAAUGUGAAGGAAGAUGAUGGGAAGAUUUGAUCUCUAUUAUGCCUAGAAACAACUUAGUGCUCUACUGUGUUAUGCCCUACUAUUGUCAGCUUCUGAAAUGCCAUUGCUGUUGUUACUCUGGAAAUUUGGGGAGCUGUCUGCCCUCAGGUGCUCACUCUGGCAAUACUGUUUUGAAAAUGAGAUUUAUUAGCAUCACUGCAGUUCUCCAUAAAAAUGACAGAUUCAUUUCUGUA